AUGGAAUAUUCAUCUAUUCAAUUGAAUCAUUUACCAGAUGAAAUUCUUAUUUAUAUUUUUAAAAAAUUGUCUAAUGCAGAAAUAGUUUAUUCUUUAUCAGGUGUCAAUAAACGAUUAAAUAAAAUAGUACAUGACUCGAUUUUUACAAAUGAUUUCUCUCUUUUUAUGUCAACAUCGGAUGGUUUAGUUUAUUCAUUAUCUUAUCUAAUACUUUAUCGAUUUUGUUCACAUAUUUUACCUAAAAUUCAUCAAAAAAUUCAAUGGCUUCAUUUUGAAUCAGUUUCAAUGGAAGGUAUUCUUCGUGCUAUAAAUUAUCCAAAUUUAAAUAGAAUUAAUUUACAUAAUAUUCGAUCAAAGAUAGCGAUAGAUCUUUUUAAUGAUAAACAAAUUAUCUAUUGGAGUGAUUAUUUUCCAAAAGAAAAAAAAGGUUAUUGUCGUAUUUAUUCAUAUCCAUAUACACUCAAAUAUUAUCAUGAUAUAACGAAUCAUUUUUCAGGUGGAGUAUUUAAAUAUGUUCGAAAAGUAUCAUUAUUUGAUGAACGUCCUUUUCAACAUGAAUUUUUUCUUCGAAUUGAGAAAUCAUUUCCAUUGAUGGAAGAAUUAACUGUAUGUAAUGAAAAACGACAAAUUAAUAAAGAAUUUAGAAAAUCAUUAAAUAUCCUUAUCUCAAACAACUUGAUCUUAUUCAAAGUUGCAUAGAUUACUAUGAACAAUUCUUAUGCGAUACUCUAACUUAUUUAUCAUUUGAUGUUCGUCUUAUUAUGGAUCAUGAAUUAGUGACAAAACGUGACACACAAUUUCACAACAAAUAGAACAAGAAAUAAUUCUGCAAAAAUAAAUUACGUAAAUUUAUGUAUAGAAUUACAAGAAGAUGAUGGAUAUUCUGACAAUUUUUCUCAUGGAAAACAACAAGUUUCUCAAUAUAUAAAAGACUAUUUUCCUCAUACACAAAUUGAUUGAUUAUUGUUUAUUUUUGUUAUUUAAAUAAAAUAUGAACAAAAGUAGAUGGAUUUACAUAGAAUUAAAGCAGCAUUGAAAGAGAGAGAUAGAACUAAUAAAUAAUAAUGAUUGAAAAUAGAUAUUGGAUAGGAAAUUGUUAGAAAUGAAAAUAUCCUAUCUCUCUAUGUAUACAGUUCAGAAAAAAAAUUCAAAUUAAAUUACAAUUUAAAAAGUAAAUCUCUUAACUAAUAGUA